AUUAACCACUACCAUGUUAAGAAUAUUUAACUGAUUUAUUAUACUUCUACAUUUUCUUGAGUUAUUAUGUAACAAAUCAAUAUUUUACCCAAUACAUUGUAAAAAGGUUUUUUUUUUUUUGAAAAUGUCAAAGUUAACUACUAAAAAUAAAAAAACUGACCAGGAACUUUGUCAAAUUAUAGCAUCUUCCAUUACUGAAAUGGUUCGAUCCAGUUUAAAUCCAAUGUUUCGACGACAAUAUUUUAUCGCAUUACAGGUGACUAAUUCAACUGAUGCCCAAAAAUUAAUAGAAAAUUACCUUUUUGAUAUUUUGAAAAUAGAAAACUGUAAAAUUUCAACAAAUUAUCAGCCAUUGCAAAAUGAUGGUUCUACAGGAGCAAACAAAAAACGAAAAAUAGAAAAACUCGAAGAUGAAAUCUCUGAUGGUGAGUAUUCAGAUUAAUUUAAGUAACGGUCCGCUGGUAGAUAAAUAAUAUGACAAGAUACUGAAGAUUUUAAUUAAAAUACUAAGUAAACUUUUUAUUUUCACGUGUUAAUUAAAACUAUAAGAGCAAAAUGGUAAUAAUUUUCUGACUUGUACUUUGAUGUAUAUUUAUGAAUAUAUAAGUUUUAUUCGCAGAUAAUAUAAAAAAAUUAGUUAUAACUAAUGAUUUCCAUGUGAUAUAUACGUUAUUGUAUGCCGUUAGCUAAAAUUUCACGCCGACUUAUUUUUGUUCAGAUAAUAACACAUGUCUGAAGCAUUUCUGCAAACCAGUUUCAAUAAAAUGUGUAUAUACUUAUUUCAUACAAGCAGCUUUCUACAACAUACUGUCAACGUGUUUUGUCAUCUAACUAUUUUCCUCAGAGGUCGAACACCUCGUAUUGCAUACUCAAGAUUGAUAGGUAACGGUCACGUCAAUGACCCUGCCGCACCAUUCAUUCAUAUACUCGCUCCCUGGAAUAUUAAUCGCUGGUGAACAGCAAUUAUUUAUAAACCUCACGGUUAAUUUUUCACCAUUUGUGGCGAUGAAUUAUUAACAAGUAUUUGCGGAUUUCAAUAUCCGAUUACUAUUUUUUUGGUUGAGGUAUUUGAAAAAUUAAACGAUUUAUAGUCUAUGUUUAGUGUUGUCUAUUGUGUCUUUACUUUUUACAAUAGCGUUCGCUCACGUAGGGAGAAAAAAUUGUGAAAGUAAAGAAAAACCAUUUGCAAGAGAAAGGAUAGGGAGCACUUGCUAUACUACGAAUAUAUUAAGUAUUCUGAUUAAGAUUUAAAAUUAGUUUGUUUAAAUUAAAUUACUUGUAAAUAUUGCGAUAUUAUUUUAAACAAUGUCAAUUAACAAGUUUUAAU